CUGACAAAUUGCAGAAAACGUUCACACUGCGCAGCUGUCAGAAAUCCAGCGAUCAAGGGAAAACUCGAUUAUUUACGAAAUUUGCUACUAAAAUUUCUUCCCCAAAGCGAUGGCUGCGCUUUUUCGUCUGACCAACCGCGCCGUUGCGCUGCAGCGUUCCCUGGUGGCCAACCAGGCGGCAGUAGUGCGGGCAAUCAACACGUCGCCGAAGAAGGAUGAGACCAUCACGGCCCCCACUUCACUUACGACCGAGGACUUCGCCAAUCCGAAUCCCAAGAACUGGCAGAGCUACGGAUUCGACUACAAGGACCAGGUGGAGGACCGCAAGGCCACCAAGGCGACGUUCUUCUUUACGGUGACACUGUGCCUGGUUUGGGGCGGCUUCUACUGGGCAUACCUGCCCGACACUCAGUUCCGUAACUGGGCCCAGCGUGAGGGCUUCUUGGAGCUGCGUCGCCGCGAACAGGCCGGCGUCGAUCUGGUCAGCCCCAACUACGUGGACCCAGCCAGCAUUACACUGCCCUCGGACGAGGAUCUGGGCGACACCGAGAUCAUCAUCUAAACAUUAAGUGACUCUAAACUUAGUCUGUUAUGUAAUGCGAAUGCGAAGUGCGGUCAGUGCGAGUCCGCUCAUAAUCCGUUAAUAAAUCUGCAAGUCUCGCCGUGGACACAGCUGCUUUUUAA